UAUUCUUCCAUCAUCAUCUCUUGCCGCCGAUGAUGGUCGCUAUACCAGCUGCUCAAGUAGCUCUUUUAGUUGCGGAGACAUCCAAAAUCUCAAAUUCACAUAUCCCUUCUGGGGAGGACACAGACCCAAUUAUUGUGGUCUUCCUGAUUUCCAGCUCACAUGCCAAAGCUAUCGUUCCCCAACGAUAACCAUACACUCCCUCACAUAUCAGCUUCAUAAUUUGAACUGGACUUCGCAGACUCUCACAGUGGAUAUGAAUCGCAAUUUCUGUUCAACUGAUUUCCGAAACAACACAUUCGAUCCAGCACUGUUCCACUACGUUGAUGGGUUUAUGAACGUGACAUUUCUCUACAAUUGCACCUCUGUCCCAGCCCGUUAUGAUUCUGCUUAUUACUGCGACGCACCUAAUUUUUCUGAACUGGUCUACUACAGUCUCGAACCAGUGUAUACAGGCAACUGCAAGAGUGUGAUAAUGCCGAUGUCAUAUCAAGAAAACGUUGCCGAUGUUGGUACGAUAUUUAGGUUGAAAUUGAAAUGGAUGGUAAGUAACGAGGAGUGCGAGAGAUGCUCAAUAUCUGGUGGGCAGUGUGGCUAUGAUGGUCAUCAAUUCUCAUGCUUCUGCAACGAUGGAGCCCAGACAACUUCGUGUUCACAAUCACAAGGAUCUUCAGUUCUAAUUGCAGGAUCAACUAAGAAGUUGGGUCCGCGACUCGCUCUAGCCAUUUCAGCAGGAGUUAUUGGAAUUGCUCUGAUAUCGAUCUUGAUCAUUUAUAAUUGCAAGAAGCAUUUUAGAAUUGAAGGAAGGAAAAUCUUCAAAGAAAGGAGAGCAUAUCAUGAUAACAAUCUUCAAUCCUUUGUGAAUAACUAUGGCUCUUUGGCACCAAGGAAAUAUAGUUAUUCAGAAGUGAUAAGAAUGACUAAAUCAUUUUCAGACAAAUUGGGUGAAGGAGGGUAUGGUGUUGUCUACAAAGCAAGCCUACCUGAUGGUCGUCUUGUGGCUGUAAAAGUAAUAAGGGAAUCUAAAGGAAGUGGAGAGGAAUUUAUAAAUGAAGUUGCAAGUAUUAGUAGAACCUCCCAUAUCAACAUAGUCAUUCUAUUGGGAUUUUGUUAUGAAAGCAACAAAAGAGUGCUAAUUUAUGAAUACAUGUCAAAUGGUUCCUUGGAUAACUUCAUUUAUAAAAGAGGAUCUCCAAAUGCUUUUUGUACUUUGGAGUGGAAGGUGUUAUAUCAAGUUGCUAUUGGCAUUGCUCGCGGGCUUGAGUACUUGCAUCAGGGUUGCAAUACAAGAAUUUUGCAUCUUGAUAUCAAACCCCAAAACAUUCUCUUGGAUGAUGAAUUUUGCCCAAAGAUAUCAGAUUUUGGAUUAUCUAAACUAUGUCAAAAGAGAGAGAGUAUUGUGUCAAUAGGGGGCACAAGAGGAACAGUAGGGUUCAUUGCACCAGAAAUAUUCAAUAGAGCAUUUGGUGGUGUUUCUCACAAAGCUGAUGUUUACAGUUACGGCAUGUUGAUCCUUGAAAUGGUUGGAGGAAGGAAGAAUUAUGAUAGUGGAGGAUCGCUUAUUGAAGAAAUGUAUUUUCCAUAUCGGAUUUAUGAGGAUCUUGAACAAGGUAAUCAUCAAGCUAAUUCUUCAACUAUCAUAGAGGAUGAAAAUGAGGUGGUAUGGAAGAUGAAGCUGGUGAGUCUAUGGUGUAUUCAAAUAAAUCCUUUAGAUAGACCUGCUAUGAGUAAAGUGGUAGAAAUGUUAGAAGGAUCUCUUCAAUCAUUGUCAAUUCCUCCAAAACCAACCCUACAAUCUCCUACAACAUCGCUAAUACAUUCCUUGAAAGGAUCUUCAGAAGAGACGGUUCAAUUAAAUUCAAUAAGGACUUGACUCAUAUAAUGUGCCUGCUGAGAGUACAAUAUAACUUUGAAUUGCAUUGAUAAAUUCAUGUAUA